AUGCGGCUCUACGCAAUAGCCGAUCUGCACCUCAGCUAUAAACAGAAUCGCGAGGCCUUAGAUGAACUUCGUCCUCAUUUAGAGGACAGUUUGAUAUUAUGUGGAGAUGUGGGGGAACGCUUAGAACAUCUUGCCGAUGCUUUCAGAGUCACAACCAAAUUGUUCAAACAAGUCUUCUGGGUACCUGGGAACCAUGAGCUUUAUACAUUACCUCGGAGAAAGCCCGAAGAGGACUCAGAUAAGGAACUGGACCAGGAGUUGAGGGGUCAAUUCAAGUACGAGGAAUGUAUUCGAAUGGCAAACGAGUGGGGCGUCAUUACCCCUGAAGAUGAAUAUGUCAAAUGGGAAGGAGAGGGUGGUCCCUGUUUGGUAUGUCCGAUCUUUACGCUGUACGAUUACAGCUUUCGACCUGCCCAUGUCUCACGGGAAAAGGCGUUGGAUUGGGCCAUGGAGGAGAAUGUUUAUGCAACGGAUGAAGCACUUCUACAUCCUGACCCCUACGAGACUAGAGAUGCAUGGUGUGAGGCACUCGUCGCGAAGUCUGAAGAACGUUUGGAAGCUGCUGCUUCAAGAGGCAUUCCCCUCGUCAUCGUCAAUCACUGGCCAUUGCGAGAAGAUCUCGUCAAUAUUCCUAGUGUCCCAAGGUUUAGUCUAUGGUGCGGUACCAAGAAGACUGAGGAUUGGCAUUCACGAUUCAAAGCCACCGUUGUGGUGACGGGCCACUUGCAUGUGCGUCGCACAGAUUGGAUAGAUGGUGUGAGAUUCGAGGAAGUCAGCUUGGGCUACCCUCGACAGUGGCAAGGUGCAAAAGAUCGAGGCCUAGGCAUCAAUGAACUACUCAGAGAUAUCUUACCUGGUAUGAAAGAGCCAGAAGUCAGUCACACCUUGUGGCGACAGUUUGGUCUUCCCUCAGACCGGACCGACGGCUGA